AUGUCUUCCAUCUGGACCACGCUCCCGCCAAAUAUCGACACCCUCGACACCCUUCCUCAAGGCGGCGGAUCCUGUGCUGAUUCUUCCCAGUUAAAGGCAUCUGUCACCUUCGACGUGGCCAUGCUCAUUCUCGAGCAGAUCCAGGACAUAACCACCCUCAUCGCGCUGAGCAGCACGAACCAGCAGCUCCGCAACCACGGUUCACUGCUGGCGCUUGCUCUUUGUCCGGGCGCCCUGGUCCUGGCCUCGAAAGCCGCGAUCGCAUCGUUCUUCGCGUUUGUUACCCAUUCGGGGCGCGUCGCCAUCGAUGACUCGCGACGCUUACAGUCUGUGACCGGGCUAGACAUAGCCAUGUCCACCUUCGACCUCGAUACACUGCGAAUGUUGUCCGCGAUGGUUGCGAAGGCCCCGAAGCUCACGGAGCUCACACUACGUCAGCCGGAGGAGGCCCUCAAGAACGUCAGUCUAAGGCACACCCUGAAGCGAAUUACCACCCUCAGGGCCCUCCGCGUCUUCGGAGCAGGCCCUCGCGCACAUGAGCUGUUCUCGGCCAUCCGAUCUCCCCUCGAGGAAGCGACGAUAACUCCCCGACGCGACGUCGUCCGCGACGAGGACGCGGUGGACUUCAGUAAGAUCCUGCGCCGUCACAAGUAUACUCUUGUCCACGUUUCGGCAGCGCGAUCCAUGGCCACGGCCCCAACGACCCCGGCUAAGACUUUCUUCGGAGUACGCAAGCUCCAUGUCCCUCUUUUCGUGCAUGACGCGCACGACGACUUUGUCUGGGCGUUCCCGGAUAUCGUCGAACUCGACGUGGGUAACAGUUCGACGGCUUGGUCUCCCCGGCUGCGCGACAUUCGGAAUGUUAACAAGAUGGCGACGAAGUGGGCUCGCGAAGAACACGACGCUUGGUGGCGUCUCGAGGUUGCUCGCGGUGACCUCUUCAGCCUUUACAUGAUGGGAAAUACCUGUGUGGCGAACGCCUUGGAACUUGUCGGCGUGGUACAUGACCGCAGCGGCUGCCUGGCGUCGGUGAUCAAGGAUCAUGUUCCUCGCGUUCUGCGACUGUCCAUUUCACCUUUCCUAAACGUGGACGCGUUACGUGGGCGACGGGAAGCUUUAACAAGCGUCAGCUAUCUCGCCCUUAGGAUCGUGUUGGAAAGCGACAUUGAAGAUGCGUGCGGGCCUGUGGUGUGUUCUUCUGUACAUUUCGCGCAAGCCUUCGAAAACUGCAAAGCGAUUUAUGUCGACGUCGCUGGGGGAAAGGAGGAGGCAGCUCGGCUUGAGGUCGAGCACGCGCUGCUGGCAGCAUGUCUCUUCAACGGCCGUGUGAAGGAUGUGUGUAUCCGAACGCCCUCCUGCGCUACCUUCUGGCGCUUUGGUUUGACCCCUGGGGGCGUACGAGUUCACGGGGUUUCAUUUGAUGAUGGGAAGCGAUUUUUCGAGAACCUAGGUCUCUUCUCGCCUGAAUACCCCCUGUAG